GAAAGGGAGAGGAUCCUCGGCCAACCUGGUCCGUCCGUUGUCUUCUAGUACUUCCAGACCAGCAGCCGUCCAGUUCGGAGUCACCACAUCCACUACGAGCUCGCAGGUCUAUAAUAAUAGACAACUAUCAGGACGAGCCCCGCGGCCAUUUCCGACAAUUACAGUCUUCCGGUCGCAGGAUAAACCCUAACAUAUCACUAUGGGCGUGGGCUACGAUAGUGACGAGAACACCGUAGAAGAGUGUCCACUGGCCGACGGCCUGCGACUAGUGGCCAAACAAGAAUUGCGAGAGGAUGACGUCAUUAGAACGCACUCGUUGCGAGCAAUGCGCAAUUGGAUCAGGAAACACCCAGACAUCGUCAACUGCCGCACAGACGCACCAUUCCUGUUGAGGUUUUUAAGAACGAAGAAAUUCAGCAUUCCCAUGGCUCAAGACAUGCUAGAACGGUACCUGGUCAUCAGACAACUGUACCCGCAGUGGUUCUCCAAAUUGGACGUCGACGAUCCGGUCAUAUCUGACAUAUUGGACAGUGGAUACCUAGUGCCGUUGCCAGGCCGAGAUGAAUUUGGCAGAUGCGUAAUGUUCUCGUGUGCUGGCCGUUUCGACCCGUACAAGUACACGUCGGCGGACAUGGCUCGUGUGCAUGCUCUGAUCGGCGAGAGCCUCAUGGACGACCCCGAAAACCAGAUCAAAGGGUACAGUUAUGUCAACGACGAAUCCGGAUUGCUGAUGGGACACAUGACGCUCUGGUCUUUUUCCGACUUAAAACGCAUCAUAAGGUGUUUGCAAUGUCGUGUGGAGGGAACAACCGGGCGCCGCCGGGAGAAAGGGAGAGGAUCCUCGGCCAACCUGGUCCGUCCGUUGUCUUCUAGUACUUCCAGACCAGCAGCCGUCCAGUUCGGAGUCACCACAUCCACUACGAGCUCGCAGUUACAAAUUCCGAACUGA